GUAAAUCUUUUAAACAUCACUAUAAAGUCGGACAUUAUGAAUAAACCAGUCAAUGACUUUUUAAUGUGUUCUGAAUUUAAUACGUCUACUUAAUAAGCCAAGUAUUAAAAUAAUUUUUAGUAUUGAAUAUUGGAUUUGUGUAUCUAUAAUGACCAAAAUCCAAAAAAUAUCUGUGUUAGUGACUGUUCUCCUUUGUUGUACAUAUAUUACAUCAUCAGUACCUGACCAUAGACCUUUUAAACAUAUUCUACAUAAAUGUAGAGUGGAGGCAGUCCUAAACAGAACCUUAUCAGAAGACGCCAAAAACAUACACACCUUUAACAGAUAUAGCGUUUUAUUAUGUCUGAACAUUAAACUUGGAAUUAUGAAAUCUACUGGAGAUAUUAAUAAACAAACUUUAAAAAAAAUGCUACUGGAAAUGGGAACGACUGAACCCAAAACACGGUUAAUUAUUGCUGAAUGUGGCAAAUGCAGUGGCGAUGAUAUGUAUGAAACCGCUUUAGAGCUGAUAAAUUGCGUCCAUUAUCAGAUCCUAACUCAUAAAAGUUUUCAAAAAGCUAUCAACAGUGUACUUACCUAGAGAAAAUAGACUUCUUAUCUUUGGUGUUAUGUUCAUUACUGCAGUUGGCUACAAUUUUGAUAAACUUCUUUCUAUUAUCAUAUUAAGGAUAUAUGAAUAGUUUAGACAAAUUCCAGAAAUCCUGAUGUACAAACAUUCUCGUCUUCUUGAUCCGUUUUGUUUUACGGUCACACUUUGUUUAUAUCCCGAAAUAUUUUGAAAUUUUGGCAAGCCUGGAGCGAGCUGUAGUGUUGCUGUUGGCAGUGUUGACAAACAAUUUUUACCCCCAAAAUCAUUGGAAGAAAUAAAGGAACUAAGCCAAAAAUGAAAUUAAAGGCCAAUGCUUGGUCCACAUUUAAAAGCAGACGAGAUGGUUUCUUACGAGCAUUAAACACCAUGAAGAGUAAGAAAUGUUAAAGGGCUUUACUAAAAGGACCUACAUUAUUGAAAAAAGGAUUUGUUACAAGAAGUUUUUAGUAAAAAGUAGUUACAAAUAAUUUUAUAUAAGAAAGCAAGGGCCUGUUGAACUUCAGAAGA